AUGAGCCCUUUGCGCAUCAGUGUGGGUGGCCUUCCCGUUCUGGCCUCCAUGACAAAGACUGCAGACCCCCGUUUUAGGCCACGCUGGCGUGCCAUCUUGCUCUUCGGGGUGGUCUUGGCGCUGCUCCUACUGCUGCUAUGCUUCCACCGGUCUACGUAUGCCCGCACUGCAGUGCCCAACGCCCACAACUGGCGGUUGGUCCAACCUCUAGCAGGAGAACUUUAUAACGACACCUACCCUCUCACCCCUCCCCAGAGGUUGCUGGACGGACUGCGCUACCAGAUCGCCAUCAUCGCUGACUUGGACACUGAGUCUCGCAGCACCAAAGACAGCACGUGGUUCAGCUACCUAAAGAAAGGCCACUUGACCCUGUAUGAUAGCGGGGACCGGGUUGAAGUGGAAUGGGACAAGGAAAACACAGUCCUAGAGACUCACUUGGCGGAGAAAGGACGUGGGAUGGAGCUCUCUGAGUUAAUAGUGUUCAAUGGGAAGUUAUACUCGGUGGAUGAUCGCACCGGGGUGGUCUACCGGCUGGAAGGGAGCAAGGCAGUGCCAUGGGUUAUACUUACAGAUGGUGAUGGCACAGUGGAUAAAGGUUUUAAGGCGGAGUGGUUGGCAGUAAAGGAUGAACUUCUGUAUGUGGGUGGACUGGGGAAGGAAUGGACCACAACAACGGGGAAGGUGCUGAAUGAAAACCCGGAGUGGGUGAAGGUGGUUGGACCCCACGGGGAUGUUCGUCACUAUAGCUGGGUUUCCAAUUACAACUCGCUGCGAGAAGCUGCUGGGAUUCAUCCACCAGGUUACUUGAUCCACGAGUCCGCUGCUUGGAGCGACUCUCUGCACAGCUGGUUCUUCUUGCCCCGUCGGGCCAGCAAAGAAAGGUACAGCGAGAAGGAGGACGAGCAGCGCGGUACCAACAUCCUGUUACGCGCUUCGGCCGACUUCGCGGACAUUACCCUCUCCCACGUGGGCACCCACAUACCCACCCACGGCUUCUCCUCCUUUAAGUUCAUCCCGGGCACAGAUGACCAGAUCAUCGUGGCCCUAAAAUCGGAAGAGAAUAACGGCCAAGUGGCCACCUACAUCACCGUCUUCAUCCUUGACGGCCGAGUGCUCCUUCCUGAGACAAAGAUCGGGAAUGUGAAAUAUGAAGGAAUCGAGUUUAUAUGA